AUGAAUAAUGUCGCGGAACGAAAGAGACUUAUUGGAACUCUUGCCGGAAUCGGUAUGAAUGUUAAUAAUGUCAUUGGUGCGGGAAUUUUUACCACUCCAGGAAUGGUAUGGAAGUCCCUGAACUCACCACAGGCAGCAAUGAUAUUAUGGGCCAUUGGCGGUAUUAUCAGUAUGGCGGGUUCACUCACCUAUGCAGAAUUAGGUGCGGCUAUUAACCGCAGUGGAGGCGAAAGUGCCUAUUUACAAGUAGCUUAUACCAGGCCAAGAAAUUUUAUUAGUUACCUUUUCUCAUUUAUGUUCAUUGUUGCAAUCCGACCUGGAACUAUUAGUGCAGUAUUACAGGCCGUGGCACAGUACUUCUGGUAUUUAAUCAGCGACAAUGCCUCCGAAUUAAACUCCAAGAGAGGUUGGGAAAAUGGUUGGCCAUUUUGGCGAUUAAAGUUGAUUGCUAUUAUUACUUUAGCGAUCAUAACCGGAUAUCAUAUGUAUAGCACUCGUUUGGCUAAUUAUAUUAACCAAACGUUUGCCGGAAUUAAAAUGGUUGUUUUAACAACCAUUGCAAUUGCGGGGCUAGUCAAAUUACCAUCGAUAUUAAGUAAUCAUCCAAACAAUUGGUUAGAUCCAAUUGAAGAAACGAGAGGAUUUAGUGACUUUUCGUUUUCCUUUAUUUUGGUUGACUUGUUGGUCAACGUCGCUUUUAUCUCUGUUGUACCAAGAGAACUUAUAAUUGGCAAUGAAGAUUUUAAUGAAGUUAUCGCAGCAGAUUUCUUCAUGAAUCUUUUUGGAAAAAAGAUAGGACGAAUGCUUUCCCUCUUUAUUAUUAUUUCGGCCAUCGGCACUGCAGCUUCGAUGACCUGGAGCGGGUCUCGUGUGCUUGCAUAUGCGGCACGUUUAGGUUAUAUUCCGUACUUUUCGGAUAAACUGAUAUGGAGAGAAAACGAAGAUUCACCUAAAUUCGCCCUUUUAGCCCAGUUUUUAUGGUGUUCCUUGUUGAUCGUCCUAGUCGGAGGCGGAAUAAGCUCCGACAGUUUUAUUUUAUUUUCCAAUUUUUCCCAAUAUAGCGCAUGGAUCUUUUAUAUGUUGACGGGAAUUGGUUUAUUAAUUCUUCGAAAACGCACUUUGCGAUAUCGUUUAUUUAAUAUUUACGAUCCUAUCGUAUAUUUAUUUGUAUUAGGAGGGGUUUACAUUUCCGUAUUCUCUUAUUUCGUUGACGUGACGUGUCCAACAUAUGAACCCAAUUGUAAUAUAAAUCUUCAAAUCCUUAAAAGACAAGCUCCAUAUUUUAUUAGUCUAGGUUUUUUGGUCCUAGGAAUAAUUUCCUACUAUUUUACAAUUCAUCGUAACAAUUAA